AUGCUCGACGACCUCCUCCAAGGGCGAGAUCUCGACAGCCUCACAGACGACGAGAAGAUGGCCGUCCUCGACCCGCCUCGGACGGAGGCGGAGCGGCUCGCGUACCUCCGCUCCCGCGGCGUCGAGCCGACGGUCGCUGUGUCGCUCGAGUCGGCGGCCGCGCCGUCCGGCGGCGGGGACGUGCUCCCCGGCCUGCUGGCGCCGCGCUUCGCCGACGACGGCGUGAUGGACGACGCGACCGUCGCGCGCGAGACGGCGGGCCGCCUGCGCAACAUGGUGGCGGGUGGCGCGCCCGGCGCUGCGGAGGCGUUGCGCGCGCCGUCGGCGGAGACGGUGCAGAAGCUGGCUGCCGGCGGCGCCUGCGAGGCGUACCCCCUCGCUCAGCCGAGCGCCGCCAACGGCUGGGCGCUCGCUCUCGCCGCCGGGCUGAGCGGGCGGGCGAUGCACGGCAGCUACGCGUGGAGCCAGACGGAGGAGGAGGUCGAGGUCUGCGUGCGCGGAGCGCCGUCCGGGCGCGGCGCCGCCAAGCGCGUGGGCGUGGCGUACGGCCGCGGCCGUUCCUUGCGCGUCUGCUUCGACGGAAAGGUUGCGGUGGAGCUGCCGGAGCUCUUCGACGCGGUGGUGCCGGAUGGGUGCGCGUGGACGCUCGAGUCCGGGGUCCUCGCGCUGACGCUCGAGAAGGCGGACGCGAGGCCGUGGGCGACGCUCGCCCUCGAGCUCACAAAGGCGUAG